UAAAACUAUAGUAAAAGGGAAAAAGAGAAAUAUACUAAUAUAUACUAAUUAUUAGUAUAAUAUAAUUAAUUAAUCACUAACAAUUUUUUUUUUUUUUUGAUAGCAUCACUAACAAAAAUUAAGAAAACCCGCAUUGGUCAUAGCUGCCUUGCUUUACUCUAGUCUCGUAUGUUCCUAUAAAAACAAGUCUUUCUCCUAUAAAAUCAUCCACUACUUUCUAAACUCCCCGAUACAGCUUUUCAAAAAGAAAAAUCUCGCAGACUUCAUACAACAGAAAGCUCUGAGAAUUAGAUCUCUCUCAUCUAAAGCAAAAAUCCAUUAUAAUAGAGAAUGAGCUAUUAUAACCAACAACAGCCUCCUGUUGGUGUUCCUCCUCCUCAAGGUUAUCCACCUGAAGGAUAUCCAAAAGACGCUUAUCCACCACCCGGAUAUCCCCCACAAGGAUAUCCUCAGGGUUAUCCUCCUCAGGGAUAUCCUCCUCAGGGUUAUCCUCCUCCUCCUCCUGCUUAUGCCCCUCAGUAUGGUCAACCACCUCCUCAACAACAAAGCAGCGGCCCUGGUUGCUUGGAAGGAUGUUUGGCUGCUCUUUGCUGUUGCUGCCUGCUAGAUGCUUGCUUUUAAUAAUGAGGAGAAAGCUUUAAGAGUGAGAUUCAACAGAAAAUUGUGAUUUGAAAUUGAAUCUUUAGUAGGGUGUAUUUUGAGGAUGUUUAAUAUUAUUUUAUUGCCUUUAAAAUCUCUCAUGUCUAGUUUUUCUUUUUUAAUUUUGUAUUUUCUGUUAGUGUUCAUCUCGCACAAAUAAUUUGAACCUCUUUUUCUUUCAAGUGGAAGUACAUAACCUUUUCUUGUGCUCA